GAAGAGUGUUAGUGUUUUUUGAAAUAAAACGUCCGUAAACAUUUUUCUAGUUCAGUACUAUAAAUUAUUAAUACAUAAAUUAUUGUAAUUAAGAUCACAACCUGUUUUCGGCUUAGUCAAGUUUAUUUCUAAUUAUCAACAAUGUUUUUCGGUGGAGUAGAGGGAGGAGCAACUCACUCGAACCUUGUGAUAUGCGACGAAGCUGGACGUGUCGUUGGGAGAGCUAAAGGUCUCGGCACGAACCAUUGGACUCUUGGAAUAGACGGAUGCGCCAAUAGGAUCAUAAGCAUGCUGCACGAGGCCAAAGAAGACGCAGGGAUCCCCAAAGAUCAAGCCCUAGAUUCUUUGGGUUUGACGUUAUCAGGCUGCGAACAAGAAAGCAGCAAUGCCGAAUUAGUGGCCAGGGUCAAAGAUUUAGAUCCGAUGUGUGCAAAAGCGGUGUAUGCGGCGUCCGACACAGCCGGGUCCCUGUUCACUGGAGCACCGGACGGAGGCAUGGUUCUUAUUGCUGGUACCGGUUCGAAUGCACUAUUACGUACGUCGGAUGGAGAACAACACAACUGCGGUGGCUGGGGUCAUUUACUCGGCGACGAAGGUGGAGCUUACUGGAUAGCGCAUAAAGCCGUGAAAUCGGUGAUAGAUGACGUCGAUGGUCUCCGUAUCUCUCCAUAUCCAACGCACAACGUAUGGGAAGUGAUCAGGGAACAUUUCGAUGCUGACACGAGAGCGGAUCUGCUUCCACACGCCUAUAAGAACUUUAAUAAAUCGCAAUUUGCGGGUUUAACGGUAAAACUAUCGGCAUUGGCAUACAAAGGUGACGAGCUAUCGAGGCAUAUCUUCGCCGAAGCUGGCGGUGCGUUAGCGGCUCACGUCGUUGCGCUGGCCAGACGGAGCACCGCCAAAAGACUGAGAGUCGUCUGCGUUGGUUCGGUGUGGAACAGCUGGGACGUGUUGAAACCGGGAAUGCUAAAUGAGCUUAACGCUAAAAAGGUGAAGUGCGAGUUGGAACUGGUACGCUUAAAAGUAUCGAGCGCAAUGGGAGCGGCCUGGUUGGCGGCUAACAAAAUAAACUACGACCUACCGAGAGACGACGAGGCCUUCUGUCAAGUAUUCCACAAGUACCGGCCGGAUACAGUUAACGGUGAUGCGAAGGUCAAACAUAACGGUCAAGUUAAUGGGAAUUUAAAUGGUGUCGAAAACUGCGGUAUAACGUUAAGUCUCUUGUAAAUUUUCGUUGCGGCGUUGCUCGCACACAAAUAAGCUAGUUAAUAUUACGUAUGAGUAAAUGAUUUAUAUGUGUGAAUGUGUGGGCUUUGUUCCCGCAUAGAAGCGUGCGUCUGGCCGGUUAAUUGAAUGGUGCAUUGGGUCUGAACCAAACAUUAAAUUCCUAGCCGGGGAAGGAUAGGGUACUUGGCUGUAAUCUAGGUUUCCUAUGUACACCUAAAAUUCAAAUAACAGAUAAAAUCACACAUACCCAGCCCAGACUGCCGAGAUGAGCUCUAGGACGGGUGAUGUUGUUGGCUGGACCUUUUAGGCCUAUGUUUAGUACCCGUCCGCGAAUGUUUUUUUGUAUCACUCGAAAUCUAACCUCUCUAUUAUUGGAAAAGUCCAAACAUGGCGUAUGACUUUCGUACGUAUCUUUCGGCCUACAGACGUCCUUUGUUGAACAUAAGCCUCCCCCACGCACGACUGUAAUAGCAGAAUUGUGGAAUUCAAUUCAAAACUUUUAGCCUAUGUUUUUAAAAACGUCCUUGUAAAUAGUAAUGAGCGUGUGCGUACAUCAUGACCGAAUAGGUAGGAGGUACUUUUGAAAAUGAAACAAGAUUUUCUACGUAAUUUAUGUGGUAUCAAAGGGCGGUAAUCUAAUUAAUUAUUUAUAGAGAAACCUUAUGUUGUAUGUUCGCGACAAGUUUAUUGACACUUAUCACAGCUAACUAAUGUCAUAGGCGAAGGAUUCGUGUGUACAAGCCUAAGCUAAAGAAAAUACGAAAGUAACAUAUUGUGGCGAGUUAGCUUAUUUGAAUCUGUUUUAUACAGUACGUUAGUUAUGAUUUAAUAAGGACUUCAUUACUGGGACCAACCAAUUUAGUGUCUAUGAAGCUUGUUGAGGUUUUCGCGGCCUAGAUGUAGUUUUGUAAUGGUGCAAACUUUUGAGCAUUCGAAAUAAGAUUCAGUCAUAAUUUUUUUUUUUCAAACCUAUUGUUACUAAGAAAAAAUUAAAGAAAUGUAUCUAUAUAGUUUAUAAAGAAAAUAUGCUUGGGUAUGUCACAAAAAAAAAACGUGCCAAAAUAUUUUAAUUUAGCUCCAUUUUAAGCCAUUCAAACCGAUAGAAACUAUUUCAUUCGAUAUAGUGAACAAUAAGUGUGGUAUUUAGGAAAUAAUGAGAAAACGAUUGUGAGUUAUUUUAUUGAUCUAAUUAAUUGUGGAUGACAGAUCUGAGAAGUUUUUGUAAUAAAUAUUAUUAAGGCAUAUGUUUCCUGUUAAGCAAAGAUCAGUUUCAUAUGUAAGGAUGGUCUACAAUUGAAAUUGCUUAGAAACAAGUUCCGGACAAUUGUUUUUUAGUCACAUCUAACGUGAACAUGUGACCUAUGACGUUGUCAGUCGGUGUUAAAGAGCGUAGUGUGUGGUGCUAACUGAUACCGCAUUGUUAGUGUUUCGUGCGACAGUGAUGACGCCGAAAUUAGCUGACUGUCUUUUCCAAAGGUCAAUGUGCAAUAUUUAUCGGCAGGUACUGUAAUCAUUAUGCAUAUACAUUAAUAAAAUUUUAAUUGUCUAUAGUAAGGCUAUAUGGAAAUAUUAUAAUUGUGGUUCUCGUCACAAGGUACCCCGAUUGUGAUGUGCUCCUCCAGUUACCAUUUAACACCAGGUAGAUAGUGAGCGUGUCAAUUGUAAUUUUACGAACAAAAAUACAUUUAGGGGCUGACCUUAGGAUAAUCUUUAAUAUAAUAUUGUGAAUAAGAGUUUAGAAUAGUUCCUGAUUACAUAAAUGAUAAGAUCUAUUAUAAUACAAAAACAUUUUAAAUGUUAAAUUUAUUAUCUGUAAUUGAAAAUAAAUUUGUCUAUACAAAAAUCUUAAGGUUUUACUAUGGUGUCUUAUUUAUCCUUAUUUAAUAUAAUAUCCAAAACGUAAUUUGUAAAUAAUGAAAUA